CGUCGUUACUAGGUCUCCUGCCGUGUCCCCGUGCACGCGUUUAGGACUAUGAAGCUCUUGUCGGCAUCCCUAUCCCUGCUUUGUGCGGCUUCUGCAGCGGUCGGGCAACUUACGUGGGGAACCACAAAGUAUAUGUUCGUCUUCGGAGACUCGUACACAACGGACGGAUACAAUGUCUCUGCGGGUGUCAACUCUCCUGACCCAGGUUACACCUCGUCAAACGGACCCAACUGGGUAGAGUUCCUGGGUAACACGUACAAUGUGACCAAUACCAAGGUAUUCGACUUGGCAUACGGGGGCGCCACAAUCGACGGAGCCCUCGUGGCCCCCUACCUGCCAACUGUUCUGUCUGUCGUCCAGCAGGUCGAGGAGUUCAACCAAUAUCUCGCCAAUAAGCCCCCUGGAGCCGAAUGGAGCAGUUCAGACUCGCUCUUCGCCAUUUGGAUCGGUAUAAACGAUGUCGGAAAUUCUUGGGACUGGACGAACGUCACGCAACCGGCAUUUUACGAUGUCCUCAUGAACAGGCUAUUUGGACAGAUGGAAGACCUCUAUUCCGCCGGCGCCCGCUCCUUCCUCUUCCUCACCGUUCCCCCAACCAACCGCGCGCCGCUCUUCCUCGCGCAGGGCAUCAACACCACCAUCGCCGUGCAAUCCGCCAUCGCGGACUACAACGCGCACCUCGUCUCGUAUAUCCGCCAGUUCCAGGCGAACCACACCGACCUCGACCAGGUGACGAUCUUCGACACGCAGCCGGUGUUUAAUACGCUGCUGGACGCGGCGGAGACGUUUGGGUUCUACAACUCUACGGGGUAUUGCGCGGCGUAUGAGAAUGGAACGCCGGAGAGGACGACGCAGGUCGAGGGCUGCGCGCCUGUGUCCAGUUAUUUCUGGCUGAACACCCUCCAUCCCGUGUUCACUGUUCAUGAUAUCCUUGCCAAGGCGAUAUCCACCGCCCUCAGCACGUCGAUGUACACGGGAAUUGCUUACUGAGGUGGGACAUCAGAGAAAUGGGUUUUCUAGGUGACAGGAGAUCCUCAAUCAUGUACGCGUAGUCCCAUUUGGAUAGACGUGGUCUCAGUCGUGAUACUAUGAGUACGCGUCAUCUAUGCUGACGCGUCCCAAAGGAGGCGCAUAUAUAUCUUCCUUCCAAACGCGGCCGGCUGGAAACAACCCUUACUAGCCUUCAU